AUGGCUACUAGCACUCAAUACUCUUGGCUUCUCAUCCUCUGUCUCUUGUCAGCAUGCCUCGUAUCAGCAUCAUCAGACGACACGGCCUAUGCCAACUCCCUUCUCAAGUUCAAACAAUCUCUGAUUAAUGCAACCAUGCUAGAUGAUUGGAAAGAGCCAGUUGUUGACAAGUUGUGCUCAUGGAACAAGCCUAACUGGACCGGCUGCUUGUGCUGGAACAGUUCAUUUAUAGGCCUAAGGCUAGAGGGGAUGGGCCUAGGGGGCAAGAUAGACGUCGAGUCUCUUUUAGACUUGCCAUUGUUCAGCUUAAGUGUGAUGAAUAACAACUUUUCAGGGCCAUUUCCAAGUGAUAUGAACAAGCUUGGGAAGCUGAGAAGUUUGUAUUUGGCGAACAACGGCUUCAGUGGUGAAAUUCCUGAUGGUGCAUUUUCAGGGAUGAAGGCCAUCAAGAAAGUGGCACUAGGCAACAAUAAGUUUACAGGGAAAAUUCCUGUUUCGUUGCUGGAAUUGCCGAGGUUGGUGGAUUUGCAGCUGCAGGAUAAUCAGUUUGGAGGGAGGAUACCGGAUUUUUGGCAGAAAAGUUUGAGAGUGAAUUUCUCUUACAAUAAGCUUGAGGGUGCCGUACCUGCUGCACUUAGCCACCUGAAUGCAAGCUCAUUCUUAGGAAAUAUUAACCUAUGUGGUAAGCCUUUAGAGCCAUGCAAACCGAGGAAAUCCAUCCCGAAAAUAGCCUUCAUUGUAGCCGUCGUCGUGGGAGUUGUAUUAGCAGCCUUUAUGAUACUCCACCUCCUCUGCCGUAGGCGAGCAAAACCACUACAAUACGAAAAAUCAGUCGACAGUUUCCGCAUGGAAGGUCCGGCUUACAAGAAGAGCAAAAAGGACAAGGAGACUGAACAUGGAAGAAAGCUGUACUUUGUGAGGAAUGAGUGGGAGAGAUUUGAGUUGGAAGAGCUUCUUGGAGCAUCUGCUGAGGUUUUGGGGAGUGGGAGCUUUGGCUCUUCUUACAAGGCAGUGGUCUUCAGUGGACAAGCCUAUGUUGUGAGGAGAUUCAGGCAAAUGAACAAUGUUGGUAAAAAAGAUUUCUAUGAGUACAUGAGGAGGCUGGGGAGGUUGUCUCACCCCAAUUUGCUGCCUCUUGUGGCUUUCUAUUACAGGAAGGAAGAAAAGCUUUUGAUCACUCAAUAUGUUGAAAAUGGCAGCUUGGCAAAUAAGCUCCAUGGUAAAAGAUGUCCGAACGAACCUGUUCUUGACUGGCCUACCCGCUUAAGAAUAAUCAAAGGUGUUGCAAGAGGAUUAGCCUAUCUAUACAAGGAACUGCCCACAGUAACUCUCCCUCAUGGCCACCUGAAGUCAUCAAACAUUCUCUUAGACAGCAAAUAUGAACCUCUCCUAUCUGAUUAUGGAUUAGUACCAGUCAUGAACAAGGAUCAUGCUCAGCAAUUCAUGGUAGCCUACAAGUCGCCCGAGUCCACUCAAAAGGACCGUGUAACGAGGAAGACAGACGUCUGGAGCCUCGGGAUUCUCAUACUUGAGUUACUGACAGGCCGGUUCCCAGCUAACUACCUCAAACAAGGCAAAGGCCCCAGUGCAGAUUUGGCUACAUGGGUUAACUCUGUUGUGAAGGAAGAGUGGACCGGUGAGGUGUUUGAUAAGGACAUGAAUUCAGCAAGGCAUGCUGAAGGGCAGAUGUUUAGGCUUCUGAAAAUCGGGAUGUGCUGCUGCGAGUGGAAUGUGGACAUGAGGUGGGAUUUGAGGGAGGCAGUCGAGAGAAUUGUGGAGUUGAAAGAAAGGGACGACGAUGAUGAUUAUUACUCUUGUGCAAGUGAAGGAGACGUGUAUUCUUCCAGAGCAAUGAUGGAUGAUGACCUCUCGUUUUCUAGCUUGAGAAGCUAGAAGCUCGUGGCAACCAUUUUACAGUUGUUUACAUGGUUUCUGCGGUAGUAGUAGAAAGGUAGAUAUGCAGUUGGUGUUUUGCUUAUCCAUCAUUUUGAUUAUACUAUUCGUUUGUUUAUUGUUCUGAACAAUGACACAGACUGUA